AUGGGAAGACGAAAAAUCUCCAUUGAGCCGUUAACCGAUGAUAGGAACAGAACAGUCACUUUUACCAAAAGAAAGGCAGGCUUGUUUAAGAAGGCACAUGAGUUGUCCAUUUUAUGCGAGGUUGAUAUUGCAGUCAUAAUCAUUGGCAGAAAUCACAAGAUAUACGAAUAUUCGUCGAAUGACACCGAGAAGAUAUUGGAUCGAUAUGAAAGUCAUUUGAUGGACGUUCAUGAGCGUAAAAGACCGGAGAAUUUUGGCAAUUAUAAAACGACCAGUCGAAUUUUGGAUGAUUCCUUGAUAAAGGGGUCAUCAUCAAUGGCCUGCAGCGACAACAGUGGACGGACAAAUUCCAACUAUACGAAGUUAAUGAACAAGAUUUAUCCGUCAAAUGUCAGUACAAGAAAUCAACGAUUGAUUCAAGCCGAAAACAAGAAACUCAAGAUGAUUGGAAAUGGGGAUUCCCAAGAAAGAGGCGACAGUGGUGGCAAUGGCAAGAGGAAUGACGAUGAUUAUGAUGAUAAUUAUGAUGAUGAUGAUGAUGAUGAUGAUCGUGAUGAUGAUGAUCGUGAUGGUGAUGGAAAAGGAAAAGCGAAAGGAAAUGGAGAGCAUGCUGUGGUGAAGGAGGGUGCGGAAAAGAAGAUCAUAGUGAAGAGGGAGAAGGAGGAUGAUGAUGUUGGUCAUUAUGUUGAGGAUGGGGAAGACGUUGCUAGCGAUGACAGUGAUUCACAGAUGGAUACAGUUCAUUCAUCGUAUCAGCACGGAAAUGAUUCUACGAUCACCAACAAUGAGACUUCAAUUAUUAUGCCCUCAAAGCGAACCAGAAGUCAAGACUCGAAUAAUGUACUUAGAAGUAGUAAAAGGAUGAGAAAAGACGAUCCACUGAAGGAGCAACACGCCCAUGCAGAUUCACAUGAUGGCAAUCCAAGUACACCAACAGCAAGGAGCUCUGUCCAUUCAGCGAGUGCCAGUGUGACCCCAUAUAGGAACUCUAGUAUUACUCGCAAGAAAUGCAAAGAUAAUAAACGCCCUACUUUGAGUUUACAAAUCCCUAGUGCAGAUUUGGAGAGCAAACAACAGGUUGUAGGAUCGAUGACUACGGCCGAAGGAACAAUAUCAACAAAAUCCAAUCCGGCAAAUAAAGAACUGGAAAAGGAGAGACCAGAAAAUAUUACUUUGCCUAGUCCAAUUUUCUCCCAGAUACCAUCGGUUCAGCAGCAACAGGCGUUGAUGAACUUGAAUGGUGGGACCCCAUUCCCAAGUGCUCUUUACAAGGAUAGGAAAAACUUAUACACACCAAUAUCGUCGUCAUUUCUGACCAGUUUGAAUGUCGGUCCAGCAACCGCAGGAAUAUCAAUCAAUGGGAAUGGAUCCGAAACACCAAUAAACAACAUGAAUUUCUUCAAUUUUGUCGGACAAUCACCGUCCCAAUUACUAACACCAUCUAUUCCAGUACCACCACCGCUGACGUCCAUGAGUACUUCUGAAAAUUUGUCGCUUGAGAGGAAACCUAGCGAACUGAAAAAUAUACUAAACAGCAAUGGUAAUAUGAAUGAAAUGCUGGGACAAAAAACUAGCAGGCCACAUCCAUUAAAUUUACAAUUUCAGAUACCGUCGACUGGAUUGACUCCAGGAAGCUCACAACCUUUAUACUCGAUCCCGUUAAAUUCAGCAACUUCAGCCUAUUUCCCGCAAACUCAUUCUCAAAUGAGAAUUCCUACACAACCGAGACUAAGUCAUACCAAUAUUUCAUUACCACAUACUAAUGCCAGCUCUGUUACUAAUCCUUCCAGUAAUAGCCUCAAUACCGACGAUAAUACCACCAACAGUAAUAUGAAUAGCAAUAAUAGAAGCGGAAAUAAUAGCGCCACCAAUAUCGCCGCAAUGAAUAAUAUAUCUUCCAACCAUAAUACUACAAAUAACAGCUCUGGGAGCAGCGGAGCGGGGACUGUUAGCGGGACUGAAUUACCUAAUCUUUCGGGUGAGCUAUCAGCGUUGCCGUCGAAAUAUAUGGAUAUUAACUCUCCAAUCAACAUGUUCUCGGGAGAAUGGUCAAUCCCAAUAGGAUCGACACCUACAACAACAACGUCGCAUCCAUUGCCAUUAGUUGGAAAUAAACCAUCAUUGGCGGCAUCUAAAAUUGGUGAUUCUGAGAAACCCCACGAGAGUCCCUCAGCAAAGUCAUCAUACCAAAUUGGUAAGAAACAUGUAUCAGAAUAA